AUGGGUCGGUGUAGAGUGAGCGCGGAGGCUGCUGCGAAGGCCUGUGAAGCGGUCCGCAGCGGUAGCAUGUCACGCAACGCUGCUGCUGCUGCCUACGGGGUCAACAAGACGUCGCUCUCGCGGCGGCUGAGCGAGGAGGAUGCGCUUGAAGAUGUUCUGCUGUACGCUGGUCGGAACUAUAUUCCGCCUACCACCGCAGACCUCACGGAGCGUGUGAGACAGCUCUGCAACGACGGUCGACCGAUCCCAUCGACCCAUGACAAGGGCCCGGGGAGGAGCUGGCUUGAGGCUUCCUCGGACAGCACGAGCGCAUCAGCCUUCGACUCGCCCGCAUCUACGAGCCUAACAGGGUGACCUCCGCGGAAGAUGAACGUCUGCACAAGUUCUACGACUUCUGGGGUCAGUUCCUCGACGAGCACCAGCCGGCGGCCGACCAUGUCUGGAACACAGAUGACUCAGGUGGCACCGUUCAAGGUACGCAGGGACAGCGGGUCGUGGCGGAACGGGGGCAGCCGGUGGCCGCCCAGAUGCGCUCCAUCCACCUCGUGAGAGAACUGCACGAUCAUCACCACCAUCAACGCCGCCGGCGCCGGGUUGGCCCCUACCAUCAUCUUGAAAGGGCAACGCUUCAACAACAGAGAUUGGGUCGCGGAUCUCAACGGCCCGCCGGGUGCGUUCUACGACUGCACGGAGUCGUCCUUCAUGUGUGGUAAGGUGUUCAUCAAGUACAUCAAGAACUUCCACAAGCAGCUCGGCGACCGCAACUUGCUUGACGGAAAAACCCCAUGUGCUCGU